AUGCCUAAUGACAGCACCACCAGCAUCUCCCAGACCGGGAAAGCUGUGGAGCAGCUAAAGAUGACAUCCUGCAUGGACUCGGUAAAGGUCUUCCAGACAGCCUAUAACCUUGUGGUUCAGUGUGAAGCCCUUGUGCCGGAGGAUUUUAUCAUCAUCCUGGUACCUGCCUCAGAAAACCUUUUUUGA